GCAAGAAACUUUAUGAUGUUGUUAACAUUGGAGCUGCUCAUACUUGUAUUGAUCAAUGUAAAUACAAUAUUGGGACUUGCUAAUAGUAGUUGUACUUUUGAAAGUGGAAAGUGCGGUUGGUUGGUCAAUGGUUUGGAUAGAUACAAGUGGAAACGUCAACGCGGAAUUGGUCGUCAUUCAUCUACAGGACCAGACAAAGAUCACACAACUGCAUCUGAAAAUGGUUACUACUUUUACACUAAAUCUCAAAGUCCAUCGAAAGAAAACGAUGUAACUCAUCUACAGUCUGGUGUGAUAAAUCAGUGUCCAAAGCAGAUUUUGACAUUUUGGUACCACAUGUAUGGGAAACAUAUUAAUACCUUGAAAAUAUUUUAAUUUAAUGGUCAACAAUCCAAAGAGUUGUGGAAAAAAUCCGCCAAUCAAGGAAACAAAUGGCACUUUCAGUCGUUGUCAUUGGAUGAUAUAGGACCAUAUCGAAUUAUAUUUAGGGCAACUCGCGGUAAUGGAUACAAAAGUGCAAUUGCAGUUGACGACAUCUUUAUUAACA